AUGACAAGCCUCCCCAUUCCUUUGCCGUCUCAGCAAACCGCUGCGCCGGGUUCUGGUAGUAACGACCCGUCCCCGCCGGACUUCAAUGAGGAGGUCGCCCUAGCGGCAAAGGCGUUAAUGUCGCCCAAUGCUAUGUCGCGGACUGCAAGGAAGAGGCGUCAUACCUCAAGCAAUUCGCGGCUGGAAGCUCACAUUCCCUCUUCCUUGUCCGCCGCUACUCCUCCUUUCCCUCCCUUCUCCCUCCCACUGCAGGUGAGUGGGGGCGGACGGAAAGGCGACGACGUGGAGAAAGGGGGAGGCGCAGACGGAAGCACCUAUUCCUUUCACCGUUCGUCGAUCCUGCGCUGUCCCUCCCUCUCCGUAACCUUCGCAGGUGAUCGGCGGUUGUCGGCAUCGUAUUCGCGUCGAGAAAGGGCAGGGCGCGGCAACCUGCGCUCCCAUUCCCUACGCCGUCUGCCGCUCCUCCUCCUUUCCUCCCUUAUCCCUCCCUCGGCAGGUGAGGGGGGCGGCCUGCGGCGAGUACGGGCAAGGCGCGAGUGGCAGCGCAUCUCCCCGUCUCCAGGCCUGAGGCCCUUGAAUGGGUAUAGGCGGGGAUGGCGGCUUGUCAGGCCGUUCAACCUGCGCCAUGCUCACCAUAUUUACCUUGCUUUCCUUCACUCUACCGACCACCACAUCCACAGCCGACUAGCGGCGGCGGACGGCAAGGUGACGGCGGGGAAGCUCACCUUCAUCUUCUCGUAUCUCUGCCCCUUCUACUCCUUACCUCCCUCCCCCUCCAACAGCCAACAAGCGGCGGCGGUCGGCAAGGGUGAGCGAGUCAAGGGUGGGUUCUCCCUCACGUGGCAUUGUGACGAGAAGGGGAUGCCGUUUGCAACGGUGCAGUUUGAGAUCUUCAUUGCAGCUGCGUACAGUUGGAUCUUGGAUGGCAAGACCGUCAGGGUGUUCCCCUACACCCUGGGUUACGCGCUGUACGGGGCUGAGUAUCCCAUCCUGCAUUACACUAGUGGGAAGAUGGGACUCCCCACGAAGGAUUCACCAAAUGUGCACAACGCCGCGCGCAUGUGCGCCAUCGUGCGCAACUGGCUGCGGACAGCCAUCCUGCAGUGGGCUGGGCAGGAUGAUGGGCCAGUAUGGGUGGCUGACGAAGAGGCAUGGAGGUUUAGCCCCGGCAAGUACUUCAACGUCUUCAUCAAGUACCCACACUUGGAGGAAGUGAGGGGCCUCCCGGAGGAGAUUGUGGGGGAUGAGAAGGAGGACAAGGAUUUUGCAGAUGUUGAUGCAAGCGUGGGAGGCGAGGAGGACGAGGAUGAGGAUAGGGCGAACGAGGGCGAAAAUCUACAUCCGUAUUCGCUGUGUGACACAAAUUCAUCGAGGCAGACACAAUGGGGCUUGGAGGAGAAUUUACCAACUACUGCAUUACCUCAGCUGAGAUCAGAUGGGUACCCUUAG